UCUCCACGAGGCGGGUCCUCGAGCUGGCUCGUGAACUCGCCUCCAACUGUCAGCAGAGCGCCGCGUGCCUCACAGCUGCUGCCAGUUCGCGACAUGUGUUGCUGACUUGACCGAGCGGGGUGCGGGGAAAUACAGCCCGACCUGACAGCAUCCAUUCGGGCACAAGCCUUCCAAAGCGUGACGUUAGAAGCUCCGCUGGACGGCGAAGGAGAGAAUGAGAAUAGUGGAUGCUGUUUCCACUCGAAGGUACAUUACAGAAGAAGAGGACUCAUUCACAAGAUUUUGACAUGAAGAAGGACAUAGACACACUGAUAGCAGAGGAACGUGCUGAAAUCCUUUCUAAAUAUGACAAGGGCCGGCAAGAGGGUGUCAGUAUUGACCCCUGGGAGGAUGCUGACUACAGCAUUUAUAAGGUCACAGACCGCUUCGGUUUCCUUCAUGAGAAAGAACUACCUACACCCAGUGUGCUUGAAGAAAAGCAAAAGCAGCAGGAGAUCGAACGCGUGGAGAAAUGGCUUAAAAUGGUGAAGAACUGGAACAAGUACAGGAACAGUGAGAAGUUAGUGAAGCGCGUCUAUAAAGGCAUCCCCCUCCAGCUCAGAGGCCAGGCUUGGGCUUUACUUUUGGACGUAGAGAAGGUUAAAAAAGACAAUGAGGGCAAAUAUGAGAAAAUGAAGCUGCAGGCUCGGUACUUCUCCACGGAGAUCAAACAGAUUGACUUAGAUGUCAACAGAACCUUCAGGAACCACAUCAUGUUCAUGGACCGCUUUGGAGUCAAGCAACAGGCACUAUUUCAUGUACUGGCAGCCUACUCUGUCUACAACACGGAGGUGAGCUACUGUCAGGGGAUGAGCCAGAUUGCUGCCAUGCUGCUCAUGUACCUGAAUGAGGAGGACGCCUUCUGGGCUCUGUCCCAGCUCCUCACCAACAGCAAGCAUGCCAUGCAUGGUUUCUUCAUCCCGGGAUUUCCCAAACUGCAGCGUUUCCAGGCCCACCAUGAGCGGAUCCUCUCCAAAAUGCUGCCUAAACUGAGGAAGCACCUGGACAAGGAGCAGAUGACGUGUGGGAUUUACACCACCAAGUGGUUCCUCCAGUGCUUCAUCGACAGGACCCCAUUCACUCUCACCCUGCGCUUAUGGGACAUCUACAUCCUGGAGGGGGAGAAGAUGCUCACCGCCAUGGCCUACACCACCCUCAAGUUACACAAGAAGCGUUUGCUGAAGUUUCAGUUGGAGGACUUGAGGGAGUUUCUUCAGGAGCAGCUGGCUGCUUCCUACUUCCUUCCAGAUGACGCGGUGGUCGAGGAGCUGCAAGCCGCCAUGACUGAGCUACGGAGUAAAAAGUUGGACCAACCCCCCCCAGCCAAGUCGGAUGAGCUGCCAAUGAAAGCGCUCGGUCAAGAGAGACCGAUUCACCUCCUUCCUCGGCAGCCUGAAUCUCCUCUGGAGGUCAAAGGUGAUGUGUCUGUUUCUACCCCCCAGCAAAGAAUCCUCAGCAGGUCAAAUACACCUUCUUUGCCGUCGCCUGACCCGGCUGCGGUGCGCACACAAGCAACGCCGUCUCCCAUCAUGCCUUGCAGAGCUCCUCCGUUACCCCCAAAAGCGGCAAAACCUUGUGCGGAGUGUGACCCCGAAGGAGAACAGGGAGGGAACCCAGAGGAGCCAAUGGAGUGGCCCCCUCCUUAUGAAGCGCCUGAUUUAGAUGAUGUCACCAUGCACACGCAGGAAGUGUUGGACCUCCCGGAUCUGCCGCCCCCGCCCCUGGUUUACCUGGCGGAGGACGCGCGACAAGACCGCAUAACGGUCCAGCGCCCCUCUCCUCCCCCGUCGGCGGCUGAGAUGAAGCCGUCUCCGAAAUUAUUCCCUCCCCGUGCCUUCACGGCGUCAGCGUCCGCCCCCCCCAAGCCCACCAAGUUCCCAGUGUCCCUCUUCGUCCCGGCCUCGGCAGCCGACAGGCGCCCUUCCAACACGUCCCAGUACGACAACCUGUCCGAAGCCGAUGACUACGACCGCAGCCCGGAGAGGCUGCUGGGCUCCACCCCCGAGGAGGCUCCCAGAAUGCACCGCAGUCCACCACCCGUCUUCAACAGAGACUACGACCCCGCUGUGCACCCGCUGCCCCCCCCUCCCGUGUUUAUCCCACCGUCACCGUCCUCCCUUUCCCCCUCGCGUUGUGCUCUUCCCAGUUUGCCUCAGGAAGCGGAAUACGAAGGAGAGGACAGCUGGGUGGACGAUUCCAUCAUCCCCCCGCCCCCGCCCAGCUUUGCCGACAGACUGUCCCCCAUGCAGCGUCACGCCGACACACACGGACCCGCCUCACCCGCCGCUUACGCCAAGCCGUUCUCUCGGGGCCCCAGGGACCAUUCCGCAUUCCCGGCGCCACUUUUGUACACCAGGUCCAUGGCGGGCCAGUCCAGGCCCCCACAGUUGGGGGGCGGGGUGCCGGCGGUCCGAUCCAGCCUGGACUUUUGUAGGAGACCCCCAGGUGGGCAGCGGCUACCAAAGUCAGUCACCUUUUGAAAUAUGGAUUCAUUAUGUUUAUGUUAAAAGAAUGGCCAGUUAUUAUUUAGUGUUUGUUUUUUAUCACCGGGCACAUUUCUAGGAUGAUCCCUUUGGAAGGUAAGUACUCUUUUUUUUUUUCCAAUUCUCAGACUUUGUACUUCAAAGUGUACGCGGUGCACGUUGCCAGUGCAUUAUUGUAUUAUUGUAAUAUUAUGUUAGUUAUUUCCGACAAAGUGUCUUAAAGUCCGUGGAGGAUCUCAAUGCUCACUUGAUGAAGUGAGCUGGCUCACAUUUUGUUUUAUGUCAAAAAUAUAUUCAAUAUCUUUUAGGUCAAAAAGUUACAACAGAAAAAUACAAAACAGCCGAAGGGAGCUCGUGGUGUCAGUUAUGUUUCCAUUGUAUUGUUUACCGUGUUAAGGACGGUUCAUAAGCCUAAAAUGAAGAUUGUCUCCCUCUAGUGGUCAUAAGAGUACUUGCUGGCGGUUCACUAGUAAAAGUCCCUUAUUUUUGUCAGUUACACUGUCAAUUCAUGCAUGUGCACAUUAUUUUUCUGAAUGAAGGCAUUUCAUAUAUAUGUGUAUAUAUAUGUAUAUAAACCUGUUUUGUUGAACAUCAUACAAGUUAUGUGGUGUUCAACAACAUACAUAUAUACACGUGUAUACAUAUAUAUACAGUUUAUAUAUGUGUUCAAGAUACAGGUUGUUGCAUUAUGUACAGUUUUGUUUUUCCUUUCUCUGAUGCGGACAAUGUUGACUUCUAUUGUGAUGUCAUGUUAUUGACCAAUGAAAAUUAAUCUACACAAGUUUUGUUUUUUUUUACCUUUAAUUUAUGGUAAAAUAGCAAAUUUCAGGUAAAGGCUGAGAUAUGUUUUUCAUUGAAUUGUCUUAUAAAAACAAACAUUGCAUAUGUUUUGUUUUUUUUGUCAAGCAGGCACCGGGUGAUUUUGUUUAUUGCACUCUCACAAACAUUUAGAUGUUAGUGUACAUAACUUUUUUUUUUGUUUCCGCUGUGCAAAAAGCAAAUUAUUAAUAAAAGACCCUUCAAGAAGAUGAGCUGCAUGUCACCCACGGACUCCUUUCCCUGUUGAAGAAUCACCAUCGUACUCGUGUGUCUGAAUAUUCCAAAAUCGAUAAAUAGCUUCAAAUGUUUCAAAGUGCACUUGUGACAAAAUGUCAUCUAAAUGUGUGAUUUCUUCCCCACCCAGUCAAGACGAGCUGAAGUUCAAGCUUGCAAUGCAACCAUCAGAAGUAAUAGAAUUCAUUUUGGUAACAGUCCCAUCAGCGGCGGACGGCCAGUAAGUAACAGCGACUUCCCACCGACUGACUUCCCACCGAAGCCGGCAGUCCCAAGUCCCCGGUCCGUCAUAUCCUGAGCUGACUUAUGAGGUUCGUGAGUGAGCUGAUGCUGUCCUUGAGUUUGGAAUCUUCCUCCUUCCCCAGGGACACGCCAGCGAGGCGCGUGGAACCGUUGGAUCCCAGGAGGCACGGCAAGCUGAAGAACACCUCCGCUCCGAUGCCGCUCCAGCCCUGACGGAGAUCAGGGGCGUCAAAUUAAAUUGCACAGGUGGGCCAAAAACUCAAAGCAGACUUAAAGUAAAACUGCACUUUUGGGGGGGAAUUUUGGGGGGGGAAUUUUGUCCAUCAUCCAAGUCCUUCCAAGUUCCAACAUAGUAUUACAUGUUAUCAUGAGGCGUUUACAGCAUGGAUGUGGUUUUUGGAGGUUUAUCAGGUGUGUCCAAUAAGUGUCACCUGGGCAAGUGUGGUGAUGGAGUGGACCUUCUUCCUGUUUGUCAAGAUGCUGUUUGUGAUGUCAGCGACAGACAAACCAACAGACCACGAACGCUGACCUCGAUUCUUCAUGAUGUCGAAAGCUCUGGAAGAACACAUCGGUCAGAUCUGCGUAUGUACGUUCCCGUUUAUGUAAGUCAACAUCCUGGCUUUACCUGCUGAGCAAAGGUUUAGUGGAGCUGAAUCCGGCGAUCUCGGGCUGCUUUUGGGAGCCCGGUCCGGUGUUACUCAUCACGGGGACUGCACCAGAUAGUCGAUAGUGUAGCGAUCCUACGUACAAAACACGGCGUAGCCGACUCACCUUUGUUGUCUGAAAGCUCGCCAAUGACCCAGGCCUCCUUGUGAGUGUUUAAGUUGAUAUCCAGCACGUGGCUAAGACGCUCCGAGUCCAGGUUGCAGCCCACUCCUAUGACUUGAGUAGGCGGCAGGCCGCUCUGCCUCCACGCUACGUGGGUCAUGAUGUCCACUAGAGGCCAAGCACAGAGAAAAAUAGACACUUCAGAAAAAAUGACUCUUAGGUAGGCGAGACGCCUUGAGUCAUGUUGAUAAUUCAUGUUGAUAUCAUCCUCUAUACUACUCUUUAUAUAUAUUUUAUACAUACUCGCUCACACAUAGCUGAUGUUAUUUGUGGUGGAUCGCCACGAGUCAAUUUGGACCGCUACAGAUAAAUUUGGUGAUACCGUUUAUUAUUUUAUUUGGUGCUGCCUGUUUGCCCUCAAAGUACGGUCAUGAGUUAGAAACUCCGCAUUGAGAGGAUCCAGAUGAGUUGGC